ACUGUCAAAUAAUUGAUUUUCUCUCUUAACCUCUAGCGCUGUUUUUGUAUUAACUUUCAACAUCAAAUCCAAAUUAAGAAGUCAAUUUAAGGGGCAUUUUCCAAAAUGUUGGAUGGAAUUAUAAUAUAGUUUAAUGAGUAUGGCGAGGCGACGCACAUACACAGGUCACUACUCUCACAGUCGCCAUCCGCCAUUCCAGCAAACCAGUCAAACGUCAGAACUCAGAGACACCCAGAAACUGUACAAAAUGAUGAUGCAGUGCCUUGGAGCCGUUUAUUCUGCUAUUAACGUCAACUAUUUAGCUCUGGCAACUGUUUUCGUAAUAGUACUUCUGAGCUAUCUCAUACCUGACGUAUCUCAGAAAAUACAUGCAAAUAAUGAGCUGAAGGAUGUCAAGAAAGUUGUUAAUACUAUAACGACAGAAAUAAAUCGAGCCGAAGCAGCUUGCUUGUCAGCAACCGACGAGCUUUGCCGUCUGAGGUGUUCAGUGCUAGAUAGUACUACUGAAACUUCGAAUAUGUUCAGUGACGUGUCUGCCUGUCAGAGUUAUUGCAUGCACAUAACGCGAUCAGAACCGAUGCGCAGCGAAAAAAAGCUUGGCUUUCUUCGUAAGAUAUUCUUUCCGAACAAAAAUACUUCGCACAAGGAAAUAACAAUAAUGUCGUAUGUCUACACGGAUUCCUUCAACGGCCAAGCAAGUGAUGCAAGCAACUCCACCUUUUCUGAUUGGUAAUCACAUUGUAUUGUGAAUAAACAAAUAAAUAAAUUGCUUUUAGAUUUA